AUGAUCAAACAGAAGGCUGAUGCAUGUGGGACUGUGGGUCUUGCAGACUCAGACACGGUGGACUUGGCGAUUAUUAUGGAACAUCAUCAAAGAGGGCUGGAAAGCUUCAGAGAAGACGUGGCUUGUAUCUCUCCCUCCAAUGCUGAAGCUGUUUUCACAGGGUCAAUACUUGUGGUUGCAUUUGCAUUUGCAUUCCUCAGGGUUCAGGACCUCGAGCCACUUACUAGGCCUGUCGAAGAGACGAGCGGCGCUAUGGCAGAUCUUUCUUCCACAAAUAACAUCCCACGCCUCAACUGGUUAUACCUUAACCGAGGUGUAACCUCUGUGAUAGGUGAUCAAUGGGAGGUUUUGAAAACUGGCCGGCUUAGGCAGAUAUUGUCAUUACAACAUAGCAAUGAUUCUUGGGUGGCUUUGACAUCCGAUGCACCGUCUCGGCUUUCUCAUUGUCCACCCCGCCUAUUGAAAUUUGCAGAAGGUGCUCGUCAAGCAAUUGCCUCUAUCAAGGCUUUGUUGAAUAUGGUUGAACCCACUCAGGAUGACUUAUCUAGCUGCUCGGGCACACCAACAUCUCAACCUUCACCCUCCACCACUUUAGAUUGGGACAUGGAUGCGCACUUUGAGACAAUACGCAUCUUAGAAUCUGUUUACUCGCGUAUUCUAUCUGUAUUGCAGUGCGCGGCAACCGAUAUUCCCUUUGAUAAGGAGAUCCAGGUGGAUUUUGAAGAGGCAGCGGUUUUGUCCUGGCCGUGUUUGCUCCCUAGUGCUUUCAUUGCGUCCCUUGAGCGAAGCAACCGUAACAGCCUUCAUGGACGCUCGCUCGUUAUUCUCGCUCAUUUUUAUUUGAUAAAUACUCUGGUCGAUGUCUGGUAUAUGAGGGGCUCAUUUGAACUCGAGAUACUCAGAAUCAACACGCUUGUUGGAUCGUUGAAUGAGAGCCAAUUGUCAACGUUCAUGUUGUGGCCCAACGAGGUCAUGAGCUUGCCACUGACCUGUACAUCUUAA